AUGCGAUCCCAGCUGGCUAUCUUCCUUGGUCUCGUGGCCCUUAUUUCGAUUUCCUUGGGAGUCUCUGCCCAGACCACGCCCACUGAUCCCACCACGCCGACGUCUCCAACCACGCCAACUACUCCGACCACGCCCACUACUCCGACCACGCCCACUACACCGUCGGCUCCAGCAUCGCCCACCACCCCAACGACGCCCACCACUCCACCCACAACGCCCACCUCCCCCACCACACCCACCACGCCGAGUACCCCGCCAACUACACCCACCACCAAGGCACCAAAGAAGAAGGUGGUUCGUAGACAUUCCAAGAGUAAAACCAAUAGACCAGCCAGGAUUGUCACGACCCACCGCAAUGGUGGUGGUUCUGAUAAGGAUCGCAGGCGCCAACAUCGAUCAUGCCUGAAUUAA